GCGUGUUUGCAACUUCGUGAUAUGGCCGCCACAGGCAGUGAUAGAUAUGAGAUAUGGCGUUUCUUCGGUGGCGGUGGAAGCUUGCUGGUGAUAUUAUAAAACACUAAUUCGACUCGUUCAAUUUGAAUAUUUAUAAUAUUAUAAUCAUUCCACAGAAGUCACAGAAUAGUCAAUAGAAUAAUACACACUACUGGUUAUUACAGGUAGUCAAUAUGUCUGAAAGAAAAGUAUUAAACAAAUACUAUCCACCCGAUUUCGAUCCUUCAAAAAUUCCACGUAUGAAACUUCCAAAAAAUCGACAAUAUACUGUUCGUAUUAUGGCACCAUUUAAUAUGAAAUGUAAAACAUGUGGUGAAUAUAUUUAUAAAGGAAAAAAAUUUAAUGCUCGUAAAGAAGAUGCUGAAAAUGAAGAUUAUUUGGGUAUACGUAUUUAUCGGUUUUACAUAAAAUGCACUAGAUGUUUACAAGAAAUAUCUUUUAAAACUGACCCGCAAAACACAGAUUAUGAAAUAGAAGAAGGAGCUACACGAAAUUUCAUGGCUCUAAAACUUGCGCAAGAACAAGAAAAGAGAGAAGAAGAUGCUGAAAAGGAAGAAGAAGCUACAAAUCCAAUGAAGUUAUUGGAGAAUCGUACUCAGCAAUCUAAACAAGAAAUUGAGUUAAUGGAAUCCCUUGAAGAGUUAAGAGAUUUAAAUAGACGUCAAGGUAAUGUGGAUUUUGAUUCAAUGUUAUUGAAAUAUAACCCUGCAGAAUUAAAGGAGCAAAUUAAGCGGAUGCAAGAAGAAGAAGAUGAAAAUACAAUAAAAAGUUUAAUGGGUAUCAAGCGUAAGAUUGAUGAAAAUGAAGACGAAGAGUUGGUAGAAUCUGAAGAUAAUACGGCCAAAAGUAUAAUAAAAAAUGCAAUUACUUCAACAACACAACCUAGUGUGAAAAAAAAGGUCUCUAAACUCAACCUUUUAAACUUAGUUAAAGUUAAUAAUGUUACUAGUACCAAUAAGACAAAAGAAUCUGGUAAUUCAUUAUCGUUAAUUGGCAAUUAUUCAAGUAGUGAUGAUUCCAAUUAAAUAGUGUAAAUUAAUUUCAAGCUAAUAAAAAGCUAUUUCAAGCUAUUUAAAUAUAAAUAAUCAAUAAUUGUUGUAUAGAAUGAAAAAAAAAUCAUAUUACCUAAGGACUAUAAGGUAAACAUAGAUCUAUGGUUUUGUGAAUAUAAUAUUAUAAAUACAAUUUUUUCAAAUGUUACGUACCACAUUAAAUGUAUUAUUUUAUUUCAUAGUAAAUUUUGUACAAAUUAAAUAAUUAUUACCACUGAA